UUACAGUGUUUUCACAGACCGGAGUGUGUGUAGUAGUCAAAAAUGUUCAACAAAAAUUAUUGUUACGUUUUUCUCUGUGCUUAUUUAGCAUUUUCCGAGGCUGCCUUUGUGGACACUUUAGUGAAAUGUCAGCCAGAAGAUUGGGAGUGCCUUAAGAAAGUUAUAAAGAGCACGCUCGAGGGCAUCGCUACCACAGGUAUCCCAGACUACGAUAUACCACCCAUUGAUCCAUUAAAACUGACCAAUUAUAAACUUAACUUUAUGAACAUGGCGGAACUGACUAUCAAAGAAGGAGUCCUGAAAGGUCUUAAGAGUUGUGAAGUUAUAGAUGUACAGUUGCAUAUGGACAAGGGAAGUGGUGUAUUGAAACUCCUAUGUGACAUAACUGCGAAGGGUAAAUAUGAAGUUACUGGAUCUGGCCCAGCACUGAAAGACCUAUUUGGACCCGGUGCUUUAAAGGGCAACGGAAACGCUAAACUUAAAAUUGAAAAAAUGUUGAUAACAUACAAAGUUAAAUUCGACGUUGUGAAACGUGAUGGAAAAAUUUACCUGACAUGCGAAAAGGAUUUGGCCAAAUACGAUUUCGAUUUACAAGGGCCGAGUCACCUCACGCUCGACCAUUUGUAUAUUGGUGACGUAGAUUCAAGUAAAUUAAUCAUGGACUACUACAACCAAAAUUACAAAACAAUUUGGCAAACCUUUGGAAAAACAAUAUUAGCAUCGGCAACUGAUAUAGCGUAUGAGCUGUUAUAUAAAUUCUUUGGAUAUGUUGAAACUGACAAAUAUCUGGCGGGUGACCUCAGCAAAUAUGUUAAGAAUUAGAUGUAUUUUCGUUGUGAAAUAAAGUCUUAACAAUUA